GUAUAAGUUUAAGAACUACCAGUUUGUUCUGGCCCUGAUGUUUGCCAUUGAGGAGAUCAACAGAAACCCUCAUCUUCUACCCAAUACUACUAUUGGAUAUGAUAUCUAUAAUAUUCCACAUUCCGAAAAGAGUAUUCUACAGUAUGCCUUUCUUUGGCACACAGGGAUAAUUAAUCCCAUUCCUAACUAUGACUGUGGACACAAGACAAAGUCACCUGCUGUACUCACAGGACCAUCAUGGUCAGCAUCUGCCCAUAUUGGAACACUGCUACAACUCUACAAAAUACCACAGCUUACUUUUGGACCUUUUGAUUCUAUCCUGAAUGAACAAGGUCAGUUUAAUUCUCUCUAUCAGAUGGCCCCCAAGGACACACCUCUUUCACUUGCCAUAGUCUUGCUGUUGCUUCAUUUCAGAUGGUACUGGGUUGGUCUGAUCCUCCCAGAUGACCACAGAGGAAUUCAGAUUCUAUCAGACUUGAGAGAAAAUAUGGAGACUCAUGGCAUCUGCAUAGCCUUUUUGAAAAUGAUCUCUGGCACAUGGAAUGCAUUUUCCAAUAAAUUAUGGAAAAAUAUGGAGAAGAUUGAGGGAUCAUCAGCAAAUGUCAUAGUUAUUUAUGGAGACAUUAUUUCUGUACAAGGUUUAAUGCGACAUAUUGCACAACUGUUAGUGACUUGGAAAGUCUGGGUCUUGACCUCUUCAUGGGAUGUUGAUACCCNCUCUGAUUAUUUUAUGGUAGAGUCAUUUCAUGGGAGUCUCAUUUUUUCCCACCACCAUGAAGAGAUGGUUGAGUUUAUGAAUUUUGUCCAAACAGUUAAUCCCUACAAAUACCCAGAGGACAAUUAUCUUCCUAAGUUUUGGUUUUUGUUUUUCAAGUGCUCAUUUUCUAAACUUGAUUGUCAACUUUUGGAGAACUGCCAACCCAAUGCUUCUUUGGAUUUACUUCCAAGACACCUUUUUGACCCAGCCAUGAGUGAAGAAGGCUACAUUAUAUACAAUGCUGUGUAUGCUGUGGCCUAUAGUCUCCAUGAGAUAAAUCUUCAACAAAUACAGACCCAACCAUAUGCCAAUGGAGAAGAAAUGGUAUUCUCCCCCUGGCAGCUUCACCCUUUCCUAAAGAACACGAUAAUGAAAAGUCAUGUGAGAGGACAAACAUUAAUUCAUGGGGGAAGAAACUUAGAUUCAAAGUAUGACAUUCUUAAUUUUUGGAAUUUUCCAAGUGGUCUUGGAUUAAAGGUAAAAGUAGGAACCUAUUCUCUAAGUGCUCAGCACAGUUUACAGUUCUCUUUAUGUGAACAGAUGAUACAAUGGCCUACAAGGUUUACAAAGAUUCCUCAGUCUGUGUGCAGUGAGAGCUGUAGGCCUGGAUUCAGGAGAGCUGCCCAGGAAGGCAAGGCUGUCUGCUGCUUUGAUUGUAUUCCCUGUGCAGACAAUGAGAUAUCCAAUGAUACAGCUGAUAUGGAUCAAUGUGUGAAGUGUCCAGUAAGUCACUAUGCCAACUUAGAGAAGAAUCACUGCGUCCAGAAAUCUGUGAGCUUUUUGGGCUAUGAAGAGCCCUUGGGAAUGGCACUCACCAUCACAGCACUGGGCUUCUCUCUACUCACAGCUAUGGUUCUUGUAGUCUUUGUGAAGCACAGAAACACACCCAUUGUCAAAGCUAAUAACCGUGCUCUCAGCUACAUCCUGCUAUUGACACUCUUCAUCAAUUUCCUCAGCUCCUUGCUCUUAAUUGGCCAGCCCAACACAACCACCUGCAUCUUGCAGCAGACAGCAUUUGGAAUUUUGUUCACUGUGGCUCUCUCCACAGUGUUGGCCAAAGCUAUUACAGUGGUUAUUGCAUUCAAGGCCACUGUUCCAGAUAGAAUGGUGAGAUGGUUAAUGGUAUCAAGAGCCCCUAAUUUCAUCAUUCCCAUCUGCACAAUG